GGGCCAACUCGCCAGUCCGGCAGCCAACAGUCGCGAGUUUCGAAGGGACCGGGACGACGACGUGCCGUUAUAAUUUUAGAUUAACAUAUCGGCGUGCUCGCGUUUGUUCGUUUGUUUUUGUCGAUCGUGUACCAUGAUCGCUGUUGACGGAAUCGACAGAGACGAGGGCCGACACAUGGAUCAAGCGAUCACCGGCCGCAAGCGGUGAACACGCUUGCGUAUGAUCGGGUCUUUGACGGCGGCAACGACGACGACGGCGAGUACCACCGGCGGCACCGAUGGAACGGAAACGCAGCGGCCGGCGGUACUACAACAGGCGCAAGAAGACGUGGACGCAACAGUGCAAGGACUACCUGCGGCAGUUCAUUGCGUUCUUGUUCAGCAACAUCGGCAUCAUAUGCCUGGUGGUGGGCUACACCAUCGCCGGCGCGUUCAUGUUCAUAUUCAUCGAGGGGGCGCCGGGCAACGCCAAGCACAUCAUCGACCGGGUCAUCGCCAAUCGGACGGGCACCGUGGACCGGCUGUGGAACCUGACCUGCUGCACCGAGUACUACGAGGACGAUUGGCGCGACAAAGUGCAGACUCACCUCCGGUCGUUCCAGAGCCACAUCAUAGAAGCGGUCAGGAAUUUCAGCUACGAGGGCGCCAACAAGGAAAUGAACCGAUGGUCGUUUUCCGGUUCCUUCCUCUACUCUCUGUCCGUCAUCACCACUAUCGGUUAUGGCAACGUGACUCCGCGAACUCUUCUGGGCAAGUUGGCCACCAUAUUGUAUGCAAUCGUGGGCAUGCCUUUGUUCCUACUGUACCUGUCCAACAUCGGAGACAUUCUGGCUAAGAGUUUCAAAUGGAUAUACGCCAAGUGUUGCCUGUGUCGGGGCUGUAAAAAACGCCGAAAACGCAUGUUGGCCUUGCAGCGGAAGGAGCAGUGGAAGAUGGAUAUGCGGGACUUUAAACUCAAUAUAGGCGUACUCACCGAGGGCGAGGAGAGCGACGACGAGGGCACCACCGACGGAAGUUCUUCGUUGAGCUUCAACGACACACAAGAGGUUACCGUGCCCAUUUCGCUGUGCUUAACCAUAAUGGUCGGAUAUAUAUCAGGAGGUGCAGUUUUGUUCUCCAAAUGGGAAGACUGGGAAUUUUUCGACGGUUCUUAUUUCUGUUUCAUAUCGCUGAGCACAAUUGGUUUUGGCGAUUUUGUCCCAGGUAGCAAUAUUACCGGGCCCGGCACAGGUUCUGGUCCUAUACAAGGGGUCGAACUGAGUUUCAUACUUUGUUCCAUGUACCUCAUGCUAGGAAUGGCGCUGAUCGCCAUGUGUUUUAAUUUGAUGCAACAAGACGUUGUAAUGAAGAUCCGAACGUGCACGGACAUUUUAAGAAGGAUUACCAGGUGUAAGAACUAAAACCACUACAAACGCCUAUCCGGUCAAAUCAGCUAAGUAGGUGAUGUUGUCGAAAGCAGAUCUACUGAAAAAAGUAAUUUCAAUUCGAAAAGUCUACCUGGAUUUUCCGUAUAAGCUGACUUAUUGGUCUAAAUAUUUUACAAUAUUGCAUGUUAUUGCACGACCUAAUGAAAUUCCUUUGACGAUAAUACUAUAACACCCGAAGGAAACCAGCAAUUAAGGUAUAUCCGAUACCGCAUGAAUAUAUAAUACGCACUGCGUACGCUCAUUCAUUGGAUUUAGACGACAUACAUAAUAUUAUAAUGAUAUUGUAUUUUUUUUGUACUAUACUUUGUUACAUGUAUAUAAAUGUUAAAAUUGCUGUGUAUUGUAUAUUUAUUUGCUUGUUUUGUGUAUGUAAAUUGUAAAUAUAAAUUCUUAACUCAGUUGAA